UCUUACAACAGAUCUGAGAAUGUUAUGGUGUUACCAAGGCUCUAGCGCUUCACAAAAUCUUCCUCCUAGACUCUGAAGGUUCAUCAUGGCAACGCUGAGAAGCUGUCUGCUUCUCUUCAUUAUCUUCUCCAUGGGGAAUACAGCAGUGAAUGUUACAAGAAAUGCUAAUAGACUGGGUGCAGUUGGUUUAUCCAGAAGAUGCCCCACUACAUGGACAAAACUUGGACUCCGAUGCUACAAGGUUAUUCCUGAUCUGACUAACUGGAUCACAGCAGAGAGAAACUGUCAAAGUCUUGGUGCGAAUCUCGCAUCUGUGCGUAAUAAACUGGAAAAUAAAUUCAUGCUGAGUCUGUUGCCUUCUACCACACGUACUUGGAUUGGUGGUCAUGAUGCUGUACAAGAAGGACACUGGUUGUGGAGUGAUGGAUCUGUGUUUUCGUACACCAACUGGUGGUCUGGAGAACCCAACAAUGCUGGUGUUCCUGAAAAUUACCAGGGUGCCGAGGACUGUUUGGAGAUCAACUUUUCCUCUGACCAUUGCUGGAAUGAUUCUCCCUGUUCAAGCUUAUUAUCCUCUAUCUGUGUUAAGGACCUGUGAGAACGUUAUCCUGCUCCACGGUUACUUUGAUUGCACUAUAUGUUUAUUCUGAAAUCAAAUCUCUUCUAAACUUUAACCUCUUUUCAAUAUCUUCUCUGAAACACUCCUCAAAUUAAUAAAAGCA